AUCUGAACAACAAAGCUCCCCAGAGCCCAGUGGUGUCGCCAAAGCUCUAACUCGCACGUCACGCCACGCCUCAGUGUACACUUGCGACGCGUCUGUUACUGGACAGUCUCCCAUACCCAAGCCUUUGUUUGCAGAAGCCAUCGCAAUACCGAGCCCAAUGUUCCCUACCACACGCCUUGGAACCUCCUUUCAAGAGUUGCCACACGCAGCGUAACGUCAAAGACGUUGCACCAGGCUUGUUUGUGGCCGAGAGCCUUCAAGUCAUAUUCAUCAGACUCAAGAACACAAGUUUCUGUGCAAUCUCCAGUGGUACCUUGGUAUCAAAGCGUCGGUUCAAUCAUUGAUCGUACCAACUCGUCGGGCUCCCCAACCGCUCGCCGCCAUCUCUCGGCACACUUCCACCAUCGGUCAGACAUCGCACAACUUUUGAAUCAGCACCGCCCUUUACAGAAUCAACAUCAGAAAGAAGCAUGGCCGACAUCCAGCUUGGCGAAGCGGGCCCGUUACCGCAAGCCUCGUCGGAAGGAGCCAUCGUUUCACCUCCUGACGAGGAUCUGAUCGACUACGAUAGUGACGAUGCUUCCCCCACAAACGCUGAGGUGGGAAAGUCAUCAAAUGAUGGCACGCUUGCAGUCAACCCCUCGGACGAAGUGGCCUUAGACCCGGGCUCGCCUGUUGCGAACGGAACGGCAACAGAGCUCGCAACCGCUAUCAAUACAAGCCAUUUGUCGGAGGCUAUUGAAAACGACACCGUGAUAGGCCAUGUGGCUAUGGGUCAAGAAGGCAGCCAUAGCGUGAGCGGCUAUGAUGCAUCUCAUAACAGCGAGGGUGGUGAGGAGGAACAAGCAGAUGUCCACGAGAUUGACUACGAUCAUGACGACGUCGAUUACCAUGCUUCCGACCACGACCACGAUCACAGUGCCAUGGCCAUAAACACAAACCGGCCUGCUUCUCAUACCGAAGGCAUCCAUGAUACGACCGCCUCCGGCAUGCCUGAGUCCGAAGACCAGGGUGGGCAUUUCGAGAUCGACUGGGAAGAGCCAGACGCAGACGUCCCGAAAGAGACCAGCGAUGGCUUCGCAACGCAGUCCAUAAGCGAACACCAAGCAAUGGAGCCCACCGAGUCUGCCGGUGCCUUGGAGCACAAUCCUUCGAGCGCUGCCGAAGGAAGCGCCGACGAACAGGACUAUGACGGCACAAGCAUAAACGAGCCGCUGGUCCAGGGAUCAUUCAAGUCCGGAGGCUUCCCUGACAUUCAGGUCUGGUACAGAGGAGAGGAAUACCCUUUCUUUUCACAAUCAUCGGAUGGCUUCUUUGGCCAUGUUUCCAUUCUCGACGAACCUAUGGGCACUAUCCUUAGCGAAUUGCGCUCGAUGCUCGACGACGAGAUUGGCGACCAAGAUGAACUCGUCUUUCAGGUUGAUCAGCUUGGCCUUGAAUUUUCUGAGUCAUCCCCCGGUGCAGUUCUGUCUACCGUAACCUUGCACAAGGUCCUGAAUCUCAUGGAUUCGCUUGCCAAGAAUGAAGAUCCUGAGAGCUACAGUCAGCUGUAUACGUAUCUCUUCACGAGACCUGACACUUUGAAGCGUCUGAAGUUUCUUCAAGACAGUGCCACCAUCGAGAAAAAGAGCCUUGGGGAUGUUCUUUACAACUUUGGCACCCCUGUCGAUAGGAGCCCCCAGGGGGUCGAUGAUUUAGAGGAACUAGAGCAUCAGCAGGAAGGGUUCGGUGGCAAUGAUAUCAACGUGGAAGGUGUCGGAGAACUUGGCGAAGAUUUUUUUGGUGCUGAUGAGAGUACUACCCUGCAACAAUUUCCCCCCGGAAUGACGAGAUUCGACUCUGAAGAGGAGAUCGAGAAUGAAGGUACUAUUGAUGGCCUGGCAACAUCAGGGAUGACAGAUGCUCCUCCUCAUGACCCCAAUACCACGGUCGAUUUCGAAAGGGAGCAGGGGUCUGCGACAAGUGGUCGCGGGGGACGCGCCACUGAGUCCAAUAUCGAGGGCCUCUUCGAGGCGCCGGUAAAUGAGGCAAGCGAGGGAUUUUCUACCACCACACAGCCUUCGCAUUUGGACGAGGACCUCAUCCAAUAUACGGACGAUAAGAUUGAAGCCGCAGGAGAGGACUCGAUCAUCGACAACGAACCCCCAGCUCAUCGAUCUCAGGAUUUCCAAACAGGAAGCAGAGGCUUACAAGAGGCUGAUGUAGCGGCCAGUGGUGACUUGGUCGAUACCAGUGUCGGAAACGACGAUGCUGCCAUCCAGGUAAACGCGCUGCGUUCUGAGGGUGAUCACGUCGAUGACAACGACAAGCACGCUGGCGGGAAUGGCAACAUCGAUGGUAUGAGGCAUAGCACUGCACCAAUCGCAGCGAACGCUUUGACUGCCCCAGGCAGCGUGACCCCGGGCACGACAGAUGGCGCCAACGCCGAAGAAGGACCUCAUGUUGGCCGCCUCAAUGCUGAAGCUCGCCACAUCCGCAGCACGUCGGAUAUCAGCAUUUCCUUCUCGGAAGCAGGGCCUGAACAAGUGCCAUUGGCACUUGCGGAUGGCGCAAGCCCUGCCUUACAGAUCUUCAAUCUCGACGACGCCGCCGCGUCUGGAGUGGAGCCUCUGGAAACGGAGAGCGAAGCAGCAGCCCUUUUGGAGAGCGAAGCGCUGAACGCCGAUUUGCCCAUAAACCAUGAUGAUCUUUCUGAGAUCGACUGGGCAGCGGAAGCGGACGAUGACACUGGUGGCGGCGUUGACGAGGCGCAAGCGACGGCCAUCAAGCGCAGCCUUCCGGAUGACGGCGCAGAUGACGGCAACGACGUCAAGCGUCGUCGGUCAUCAUGAGACCCCGUGUUGUCACACUAACAUGGGUUGUUGGAGUCCCAAUCCCAACUAAAGCCAGAAUCGACUGAUAACUGGUGCGACCACAUGUGUGUCGGUAUCGCGAGAAGAAGCGAGGGACGGUCAACCUAACAAGACGCAUCGUGCGUCCCUGGCAAGUAUUACGAGGAGGCUUCAGCCAACUUGGUCGGGCGGCCACGAUCGGUCGGCCAAAGGUCCGCCACUUCAACAAACACGAACGGUAGGUGCUUGGGAUUGCUAACUGACCGUGACAAUGAGCAGCACAACCCCAGAUCUCGCAAGUGAGCAAGUAAUAGCAAGCCGAAACAUGCCCAUGUUUAUACCUCUCCCACCAACCCAUUCUCCUUCUUUUGUUCGCCUUCGUUUGUUAUUUGGGGUCUGCGCCAAUAUCCAACGCCUCGCACAUCUUUCUACGUAAUAUGGAUGUCGGAACUCGGUCGAUGUCGUCGCAGGUUAGCGAAGAGAGACAUCAAGUAGGUCAAGAAGUGCUGGAGCGAGGUAGGCGGUAAUGGGGGAUGGUUAUCUUAGGUCGGGCUUAGCCUUAGCCUUCAGCAGACUACGCCUGGGCGGCGUUCGGAAAACAGGGCAUCGCCCGCUUCGGUAAGGCGUUUACAUCGGAAGGGACUGGAUAGCGGCUGGGUCUAGGGUCGAGCGCACUCGAUCCAAUAGAGAGUCGAGUCAUUGACAGGUAGAGUAGCUCAAGGGGAUCUUGCCACCAAGGCUCCCAUGUACAAGGUAGGAGCCACGGAGCAGGCAAAUCAAGAUUUCAAACAAAUUUCUGUAUACUUUGUCGAGGGGCUCAAUAGAGCUAUGCUGC